GCGAAGGUGAGGUGUGGUGAGGCGAGUUGAGCUUGGCCCGUAAUUAACGCCAGGGGGCCUCGCAACCCAUCAUCCAAUGAGGCGCAGUUUCAUGCUAACUAACCCUUGAAUGAGGGGGGUUAUAAGGACUUCGGCAACCCUCCUCAUGACUUCUUUCCCUCCAAGGACAUCUGGAUUCCUACUUUCACACUCUUUUCUCGACAUCAUGUUCGUCAUUCCUUUACUUUUGGCUGCUGGCUCAGCCUUUCCCACCCUCAUUUCUGGAGCUCCAGUUCCGUCCUUUCUCUCGAACCUGGUUACGAGGGUAACUUCCACUCCUUUGCAAGACCGUGCAUUCCAAUACUCUCUUUAUGGAGGCACCGGAAACAUUGCUGAUGGCUGGCCUGCCAUGAGCUCCUGGGUAUCUGACUUUUCCACCAUGUUCAACAACAACAUGGGAGUAUUGUCAACCGGCUGUGCCCAAUUCGGCGUCGCGGAGAACUCCAAAGCCGAAAUCAACGAAAUCUCCACCGCCAUCCAAUCCGUCGGCGCAUCCACCGGCAUCGACCCGCGCUUCAUCCUCGCCAUCAUGAUGCAAGAAAGCAACGGUUGCGUCCGCGCCCCAACCACCAACUACGGCGUCCGCAACCCAGGACUCAUGCAAUCGCACAAUGGCGCCGGAACCUGCAACGACGGCACCGUCCAGAACCCCUGCCCCGCCAGCCAAGUCAUGCAGAUGAUCCAAGACGGUACAGCUGGGACAUCCAGCGGCGACGGCCUGAAGCAAUGUAUCGCCGAGACAGGCGCCACCGACGUCUCCAUGUACUACAAAGCCGCGCGCAUCUACAACUCCGGCUCCAUCGCGCCAACCAAGAAUCUCGGGCAGGGCGUCGCAACACACUGCUACGCCUCGGACAUCGCAAACAGACUUACAGGCUGGGUGUCCGGCCCCAGUUCCUGCACACCCGAUGCCGUAGCCGCGCUCACCAGCUCCGUCGUCUCCUCGAACUCGGGAAACACUGGCGCCACAUUCGCCCAGAGCCCAGACACCACCACAGAGGCUGCUCCCGCUCCAGCCGUCACAAGCAGUGUCGUCGUCGUCCCCGUUCCAGCCGCAACGAGCGCGCCUCCAGCAGCAGCAACAUAUGCCUCUGCUCCAGCCACGAGCCCCACUCCACCUACCUCCCCCGCCCCCUCAUCAGCACAGAUCUACCCCGGUGCCGUCUCACCUUGUACUUCCUACUACGAGAUCGUGCCGGGCGAUUACUGCAGCCUGGUUGCCGAGAAGACGGGCGUUAGUUUUGCGACGCUAAGGAAUCUGAAUCCGGGGCUCGAUGCGGCGUGUAGUAAUCUUUGGUUGGGGUAUAAGUACUGUAUCCAAGCUUAGGUUGGGAUGGGAUGGCUUGGGAGGAAAACAAAAUAAAACACACUCGCUUGGCUUGAUUGGCGAAUUGGGAUAGGGAUAGGAAAUAGGAUCAUUUUGGGUGGGCAAACCCAUUGGGAACCGGGCUUGGAGAAUACCUUCAUUGUAUAUAUUUGAUUGACGAAAUGGAUGAUUUGUCGUGCCUUGAGUGUUGAUGCGUUGUGAUGUGAUGUGAGUGUGGUGUGAGAUGAGACGAAUGACCCUGUGUUUGUGAGUUCAAUGCUUAUGUGAACUUGUAUUGAGCAUGAGAACUCGUUCGAGGAGAGCAUGUAGUGAAGUUCGAGAGGCGAGUGUGAC